AUGGACGACCGGCCACUGCUACAUCAGCAGGAAAUAAAAAAGGUCCGCGACUUCACCAGUAAAAAUCCGAGAAGAUCUUUGAGAAAACUCCCUGAAAAGAUGAAUAUAAGUUCGAAGAGCGUCCGGAAAAUUUUCACGGAUAAACUACAUAUGAAGCAGUUAAAGAUACAAAAAGCACACAUCCUGAGCAAUCCGAUGAAAGCCACAAGGGUCGAUCGAAGUCGCGAGUUGCUUUUUCGUUUCUCGCUGGCGGAGCUCCGCGAUAUCGACUUCAAAGAUGUAAAAAAUUUUACGGUUGAAGAAGCCGUGAAUCUUCAAAGGUAUUGGAUCAUUGUCACCAAAGUCCAAGCUUCCAAUUUUAGUUGAAGAAUUGUCAGUCUCAUGAGCCAUCCUUUUCCGGUCAUCGUUCGGGCUCCAAUCACGCAACAAGCAAGAUUCUUUUGGUUUUCGUGCCGCAAAACGUCAAGGUCAACGCGUACAGCUAUGAAAAAGACGUUUUGCAAAAGGCACUGCUCCCAUGAGUCGGGUGAAACUUUGGAGACCGGCCAUGGAAUUUCCGACAAGAAUGAGGGGCCGAGAUCCUUAAACAAUGAUGCAAGACGUGGCUUUCUGGCUUCACGGACUCUUCAGAAUGGCCGCCCUAUUCGCCGGAUCUGAAUCCGAUGUACUACUCCGUAUGGAACGUUCUGGAGUCCAAAGCUUGUACUUCACCACAUCAGAAGAUCGAGCCUCUGAAGGCCUCCCUUGAGCAGAAUGGGCCCGAAUAG